AUGUCAAUGAACGUGAUAAGAUUCGUAGAGCAUAUAAACAUAAUAGAUGGGUCAUACCAACCAACAAAUAUUAGCUAUCCAGCUUCUGGUAAUAACAAUCACCGUCGAUAUUUUCAAUCUUCUUGGUUUAAGAAAUUUCCAAGUUGGUUAGAAUAUUCACCAGAAAAAGAUGCUGCUUAUUGUUUGCCUUGCUACUUGUUUGGUAAACAUUAUGGUGCUCGCAAUGAUGGAAAAAAUGCAUUUUCAGAGUUAGGAUUUAGUAAUUGGAAGAAAGUAAACAAUGGGGUAAAUUGUGCAUUUGUAUGUCACGAGGGUUCUAUUCCUAAUUCUCCCCAUAAUUUAUGUGCUUCAUGCAAUCAGAAUGUUAAUAAUGUUGUCCUUGAAAAUGCUCCUGGGAAUGCUCAAUAUAUAUCUCCCGGUGUUCAGAAAGAUAUAUUGCAUAUCUUUGCUAGAAAAGUGCGUGCAACAAUUCGAGAAGAAAUUGGUGAUUAUAAAUUUUGUAUAAUUAUUGAUGAAGCAAGAGAUGAGUCAAAGCGAGAACAAAUGUCUGUGGUUUUGAGAUUUGUAGACAAGCACGGUUGUGUUCAAGAAAGAUUUUUUGAUCUUAUACAUGUUUCUGAUACAUGUUCUUUGACAUUGAAAACAGAAAUUUCAUCAGUUCUUUCUCGUCAUAAUCUUGAUGUCCAAAAUCUUAGGAGACAAGGGUAUGAUGGAGCUAGUAAUAUGCGUGGUGAAUGGAAUGGAUUGCAAGCUCUAUUUCUGAAAGAUUGUCCUUUUGCUUAUUACAUUCAUUGUCUUGCUCAUCGAUUACAAUUAGCACUUGUUUCUGCAGCCAAAGAAGUUUGUUAUGUUCAUCAAUUCUUUUCAAAACUUACUCUAAUUGUGAAUGUUGUGACUGUUUCUCCUAAACGUCAUGAUCAGUUAAGGGUUGCUCAAGCAAAUAAUGUUGCAAACUUAAACGCCGAUGAUCAACUUGUGACAGGUAGUGGACUUAAUCAAAUUGGUACUUUGCAAAGAGCUGGAGAUACUAGAUGGGGUCUCAUUUGA